UCAUACGCAGAUAAGUGACAGAGUAAUCUUUGUCCUCGGAGUCAGUUAAUCAUUCAGCUCCGACACCUUGAAAGUCAAGAACAGUUAAAAACUCAGAGAGGAUUCUUCAGUCACUGGUGUGACAACAUGGCUAUGAAACAGUCUGAGGAUGCAACCUGCAGAGGCACGAGUUAUGAAAACCAAAGCAGUGGAUUCAUGAUGAAGAUCAGGAAAUUCAACCCCAAGGAAGUUUUCACCUGGCACUUGGCCAAGACACUGGCCAUGGGUCAAGGCCUGGCUGGGCUCAUCUGUGGGACAGCCAUCUCCUCCCAGUACUUGGCCACAAGUUUCCAUGUGAACACACCAAUGCUGCAGAGCUUCUUUAACUACGCUCUGCUGUGUGUCACCUACACCUCCAUGCUGCUCUGCAGAACAGGGGAUGGAAAUAUUUUACAGAUUCUGAAGAAGCGGUGGUGGAAGUACCUUCUGCUGGGACUGGUGGACGUGGAAGCUAACUAUGCUGUGGUUAAAGCAUACCAGUACACCACCAUCACCAGUAUACAGCUGCUGGACUGUUUUGUGAUCCCGGUCCUGAUGAUACUGUCCUGGUGGGUUUUGAAGACACGCUACAGGCCUGUCCACUAUGUCGCCGUCUGCAUCUGUCUCGUUGGUGUGGGGGCCAUGGUUGGGGCGGACCUGCUGGCUGGACGAGACCAGGGCUCCACCUCAAACAUCCUGUUAGGAGACGGUUUGGUGCUGCUCAGCGCCGCGCUGUACGCAGUGUCCAAUGUGUGUCAGGAAUACACAGUGAAGAACCUGAGCAGGGUGGAGUUCCUGGGAAUGGUCGGCCUGUUCGGCACAAUCAUCAGCACCAUACAGAUGGUGGUCCUGGAACGUAAUGAAGUUGCUACCAUCAAGUGGAGCUGGCAAGUCGGGCUCCUGUUCUCUGCCUACGCGCUGUGUUUGUAUGCUCUCUACAGCUGUAUGCCCAUAGUGAUGAAGCUGAGCAGCGCCACCUCCGUCAACCUCUCACUGCUCACUGCUGACCUCUUCAGCCUCUUCUGUGGGAUUUUCCUCUUCCAGUACAAUUUCUCUGGACUCUACCUGGUCUCCCUGGUGGUCAUCCUCAUCGGCUUCAUCGCCUUCAACGCUGUGCCAACACCCACUAACAGCACAGACCUCGCCACCUCCUCUUCCACUGGUGAGGAAGGAUGUUACGACAAUCCUGUGGCCACUCAGAAUCACAUCACCAAGCAGGAAGUGGUUGUGCGGAUCACCACUGAGGAGGGGGAGGAGGAGGAGGAGGAGGAGAAGGAUGAAGAGGAGCAGCAGCAGAGGGAAAAAGAAGAGAGGAAGAGGAGGGUUUCCGGGCCAACACAGAGACUUGGACGAGGGAGUGAUGAUGAAGAUGUUGUUGCGGUUGGACGCAGCACUAAAAUGUGAACUACAGCACAGAAACCUGUCAAUAUGUCAAAUAUAUAUUUUAAACACAUUUAUUUAUUUAGUACAUAUAGAAACGCACAUCUCACCCUUUAAUGUUUAAAGUUAUUGUGAUUGUUAAUAAUGUUAUCAGGAGUUCUCCAAGUUGUGCUGAAGGACGUCGAUAAAUAAACUCCACAUCUUUUCAAA